AUGGGGUUCUCGACGAUUGAGUUCGACAAGUACAAUCCUGCCUCUGAGAAGGCAAGCGAUGCCCGUCAGGACCUCGCCCAUCUCGACUACUCCCCGCUGAAGCGUAUUUCGGGGCGAUCAUGGGCCAUGGGUAUCCUCAUCUCCAUGGGUGGCAUGGUCUUUGGCUAUGACACGGGUCAGAUCUCCGGAUUCCUGGAGAUGCCCGACUUCCUCGACCGGUUCGGCGAGCACAAGGCCGACGGCUCCAUCAAAUUCAGCAACGUCCGCUCCGGUCUGAUCGUCGGUCUCCUCUCCAUCGGUACCCUCAUCGGUGCCUUGUGCGCCGCCCCCAUCGCCGACAAGUUUGGUCGCCGGUACUCCAUUUCCUUCUGGUGCCUCAUCACUUCCAUCGGUUUCGUCAUCCAAAUUGCCGCUGAAAGAGCAUGGGAACAAAUCAUGGUUGGCCGCUUGGUCGCUGGCUUCGGUGUCGGUGCUCUCAGUCUCAUUGUUCCCAUGUUCCAGGCCGAGACCGCACCGCCAUGGAUUCGCGGUGCUCUCGUUUGUGCCUACCAGCUUUUUAUCACUCUCGGCAUUUUCCUCGCCGCGUGCUUCAACUAUGGCACUGUCACGCAUCUCGAAAACAGUUCAGGCUCUUGGCGCAUCGUCAUUGGUCUUGGUUGGCUCUGGACCAUCAUCCUCGGCGUUGGCAUUCUUGCCUUCCCCGAAACUCCCCGUUAUGACUACCGCAUGGGCAACAUUGAGCGUGCCAAGAAUACCCUUUGCCGAGUUUACGGCGCUCCCGAGAACCACUACAGCAUUCACAUCCAACUCGAGGAGAUUGAGAGCAAGCUUCGGGCUGAAUCGCAGAUCAAGGGCAAUGCCGUCCAGGAGUUCUCUGGCAUGUUCAAGGCCCCUAAAAUGGCCCAGCGUAUUGCCUUGGGUUGCGGACUGCAAAUGCUCCAGCAACUCACCGGUGCCAAUUACUUCUUUUACUACGGAACCACCAUCUUUUCGUCUGUCAACAUCAACUCCUUCAUCACCCAGAUCAUCCUGAACGCUAUCAACUUUGGAACCACCUUUAUCGGUCUUUACAUUGUUGAACACUAUGGCAGACGCAAGUCGCUUAUGGUUGGCUCCGGCUGGAUGUUUAUUUGCUUCUUGAUCUUUGCCUCCGUCGGUCACUUCAGCUUGGAUCGCGAGAACCCUCAAAAUACUGUCGGCCCCGGCAUCGUGCUUAUCGUUUUCGCUUCUCUCUUCAUUCUGGGCUUUGCUACCACCUGGGGACCUAUGAUCUGGACCAUCCAAGCCGAACUCUUCCCCUCGAGAUACCGCGCCAAGGCCAUGUCCCUCUCCACCGCCAGCAACUGGAUCUGGAACUUCUUCAUCGGCUUCUUCUCUCCCUUCAUUACUGGCGCCAUUGACUUCCGAUACGGUUACGUCUUUGCCGGAUGCAACCUGGUUGCUGGCUUCGUUGUCUACUUCUUCGUCAUCGAGGGUCAGGGACGCACAUUGGAGGAAAUUGACACCAUGUACUUGGAGGGCGUCAAGCCGUGGAAGAGCACCCAAUGGGUACCUCCCUCUGCUGAGGAGAUGCACCGCAUCCGCCAGAAGGCUGGAACAGACCUUGAUGCCAGCGUCAGCGACGGUGGCGUGCAGAGUGAGAAGGGAGAAGGCCUGCAGCCCAAGAGCGCCGUCGACGGAACCUCUCACCAGGAGAGAGUCUAA